AUGGCAACCCUGAGAAAGAUCAAAGCUGCAUCGCCAGAAUCCGAGGGAUCAUCAUCCAAGCAAUUGCCUUCCACUGAAUUAACUCUAGGGAUUAUGGCUUCCUCCUCAUUUCAAUCAGCAUCGACAGAUGGUGAACGUCAUGCAAAGAGAAUAGCUAUCAAUCCUCUUCAAGAACACCACCACAACAAUAUCAUUGUCGAGGACCUAACUCUUGACGAUCCGUCCGAUGAGGAGAUGAAACCCACCAUCGAAGGUAGCGGCAGCCCAAGCACUCAUGAUGGCCAAGCAAUUCGUUUGGCCUCAAGUGCUCGACCACCCCAACAAGAAGCGGAUCGCAAGAGGCUCAAUCGAAUGAUGUCAAACCGACUUUCUGCGAAGAGGUCCAGAGCAAGGAGAAAUGAGUACGUGGCUGAGAUGGAGAGACAAGCAAAAUAUUUAGAGAACAAGAUAGCCAUUCUUCAACCACAAAUUGUGGCUUACGAGCAUCAGCGGCACCUAUUGCUGAUUGAGCACCACCAGGUGAAAUACCGAAUGGCUUUGCUUGAAAAAGAGAGGCUUCUUAAAGAAGUUGAAGCGGAAAGGAUGAAAGAUGAAAUACUGAGACUUUUAGAACUUCAAAGGCAACAAGAACAAACUCGAUCUGAAGUGAUGCGUAGUUGGGGUGCUGACAUGAAGCUAAUGUGCAGCCCCAACCCAGACACUAGUGUCUCCGAACCUGUAGAACCUGUGGUUGACUCAAGUUCAUCAGUUGAUGGUUAG